GGCCGCGGAGGAGCCGGAAGGAGACGCGCGGCGCCGGUUGGGCGAUAAAAUGGCGGCGGCGCCUGGGCGUCCCGGGGGCAGCACCGGCGACGGGGCGGCGGGAGGAGGAGCGGGAGCCGCUGCUGCCGCCGCCGCCAAAGCCUGAUCUCCGGUUCUCCGCGCCGGUCCCGGGUGACUGCCGAGCCCCCGACGGAAGAGGCGGCAGGACAGGGCGAGUUAAAAUAAAAUAGCAAGAUGUCAGACGCGGGGAAUAGCACAGAAGGGAAAGCGAAUAUCCCUAACGGAAGCUUGUCCAGCAGCCCGGAAGAGAUGUCCGGAACCACGGAGGGCCCCGAAACGUCUUCCGGGGUGGAGGUGGAGGCUUCCGACCUGAGCCUCAGUUUGACAGGGGACGAGGUGGGCCCCGGCCAGACUUACACAGAAAGCUCCACUGAAGAGAAGGACUCAGACAGCAUGGAGGAGACCGGGCACUACUCCAUCAACGAACUGAAUCGGACCUAUGACCACUCCCCCUCGGAGGAGGAGGAGGAAGAGGAGGAGGAAGAAGAGGAAGAGCAGCAGCAGCAGGAGGAGACAGCGGAAGUGGAGGCCCAGCGUUCCCGCUGGCGAGCCCACCGCAAGCGCCCCAACCAGGACAGGGACUCCUCGGACGACGAGCGGGCCCUGGAGGACUGGGUGGCCUCAGAGACGAUGGCGUUGCCCCUGCCGCGCUGGCGAGCUCUCCAGGCGCUGCGAGAGAGGGAGCUCGGCUCCAGCGCCCGCUUCAUCUACAACGCCUGCGGGGCCCGGCUGUUCGUGCAGCGCUUCUGCCUGCAGUACGGCCUGGAGGGCCAUGGGGGCUGCGUCAACACCCUGCACUUCAACCAGCGGGGGGCCUGGCUGGCCAGCGGCAGCGAUGACCUCAAGGUGGUGGUCUGGGACUGGGUGCGCAGGCGGCCCGUGCUGGAGUUUGAGAGCGGCCACAAGAGCAACGCCUUCCAGGCCAAGUUCCUCCCCAACAGCGGAGACUCUACCCUGGCCAUGUGUGCUCGGGAUGGCCAGGUCCGCGUAGCCGAACUCUCUGCCACGCAGUGUUGUAAGACCACAAAGCGGGUGGCCCAGCACAAGGGCGCAUCACACAAGCUCGCCCUGGAACCGGAUUCUCCCUGCACUUUCCUCUCGGCCGGAGAAGAUGCUGUGGUUUUCACCAUCGACUUGAGACAAGACCGGCCAGCUUCGAAACUGGUGGUGACCAAAGAAAAGGACAAGAAAGUGGGUCUCUACACCAUUUAUGUGAACCCAGCCAACACGCACCACUUCGCUGUGGGAGGCAGAGAUGAAUACGUCAGGAUCUACGAUCAGCGGAAGAUUAAUGAAAAUGAGAACAAUGGGGUGUUGAAGAAGUUCUGCCCCCACCACCUGGUGAACAGUGAGUCGAAAGCCAACAUCACCUGCCUGGUCUACAGCCACAAUGGCUCAGAGCUUCUGGCCAGCUACAACGACGAAGACAUCUAUCUCUUCAACUCCUCUCAUAGCGAUGGAGCCGAAUACAUCAAGAGAUAUAAGGGCCACCGCAACAACGCCACAGUGAAGGGGGUCAACUUCUACGGCCCCAAGAGCGAGUUUGUGGUGAGCGGCAGUGACUGCGGCCACAUCUUCCUGUGGGAGAAGGCCUCCUGCCAGGUGGUGCAGUUCAUGCAAGGCGACAAAGGGGGCGUGGUCAACUGCUUGGAGCCUCAUCCCCACCUCCCAGUUCUGGCCACCAGCGGCUUGGAUUACGACGUCAAGAUUUGGGCCCCCACCGCAGAGAUGCCCACCCAGCUGACCGGCUUGAAGGAGGUGAUCAAGAAGAACAAGCGGGAACGGGACGAGGACAGCCUGAACCACGCGGACAUGUACGAGAGCCACCUGCUCUGGUUCCUCAUGCACCACUUCCGGCCUCGACGGCGUCACAGGCGCCAACAGGAUGCGGGCACCGGAGCGGCCGACAGCGACUCCGAGGACUCCCUCAGCUCCUCGGACACCCUGGACGAAGACGAGGAGGGCCCGGACCGGGUGCAGUGCAUGCCUUCCUGAGACCUCCGGAGCCGCGGAAUAGGCUGCGGGGAUGCCGGGAAGGGUGGAGAAUUAGCCCCCCUCUUCCUGCUUUAGAUGAGAGGCCCGCCCUCGCCCUGCUUGCCAGCCCUGGUUAGCAGGGCGAGGCGGGCUCAGCCCCCACCCUUGGACUUUGCUCUCCCUUUUGCCCUCAGCUGCCCUUUUCAGCUCCGGAUUUCCCAGAGUCGCAGGGGGGGCCCAGAUUCCUGGCUGCAGUUGCCGCCUGUUCCCUGCGAAGCUUCUUUGGGGUAGGGGGCGAGAGUUGGCUUGGUUCCUCUCCUUUCUGGGGGGGGGGGGGCGGGCUGUGCUCCAGAAGCACCUUGGAGAUGUUCUAUCUCAGCCACCCAAGGACACCCGGCUGCUGCAUGUUGCAUCCAGGAUGAGCAAACCUGGAUUCUGCUUUUCCAGUGAAAAUUUGGGAGCUUCGUUCCCUCUGGGUUUGGUUUCUUUCCUCUCCCCCCCCCUUCUCUCUUUCUUUUGGUGUGUUUUUCCUCCAGCAGCACUAGGCACAAAGGACCUCCUUCCCUCCCUUGGCUGUCUAGAGCCGCCUCUGCUAUCGAGAGCGGCCACUCGCUGAACUCGGAGUCUAAAGUUUAAAAGGUUUGAAUGCAGCCGCCUUGUUUUUUUUCCCUUCCUCUUCAGGAUAAUCUCUUGGUUUUGAAAGCAAUUUCCCCCCCUCCCCGAUUGCUGUUUAGAGGCCUAAUUUUAUAUGUAUUAAACAAGACAAGAACCAAAUUAAACUUGGAUGUUAUCAAGUUAAAAUUAUUGUAAAAGUUUAAAUAUAUAUAUAUUAUAUAAAUGCAAUAAAUGAAUUGAGAGAGAGACCUGGUGGCAUCUACAGCCA